CUUCCCCCCUCGCUCACUGCCCACCGUGAAGGUCCCCAUUCCGACGAUACGAUAAUACCAAUCUAUGCUCUCUCUCUAUUGGAUGCGAGCCAAUGGCUUUGACAAUCAGAGAGGCUGAAAACUCAUUCACACUUGCCUAUUGUAAAGCAGUCAAUACAGCACGAUGGUUACUUCUGCCUCAUCAACCAUCUCUCCUUCCCUCCUCUACCUCCUUCCACUUCCAACCUUCUCAACCAUCGUCGAUCACCCGAGACAUUCUCACCUCACGACUUCCUCAUCAACAUUGGUCUGCUUAUACACCAAGCCAUCAGGAACAACUACCAUCCACCAGCCAUCAACAAACAUGGCCAUCAUCUCACCUUCCAUUAAGGCUCAGGUCAACCGCAAGCAGCUCAAGUGCUCCUACAGAAUCCCUCGCUCUCUCAAGAAGGCCAUCGAGAAGAAUGUCAAGAAGAUCAUCAAGAAGCAUGAACACAAGCUCCGUGAAGUCGAGGUACGAUCCCACUAUCGUUACCGUGACUCCCUCAAUCACUUCCACAACCUCAACUCGACACUCACAUUCACUUCCAUUACACUCACUGACAUCUCAGCAGGCCAGAAAAGUAGCCAUCGACAUCGAAGCCCGUACAUUCCAAGCCAGAGGCUACCUCGACGCCUUCGACCACGUCAUCCAGACCUUUGACAUGACUGACGAUUUGGCCAUGGUCCUUGAUGCUCUCCUCACUCGCUGCAAUCGUAACACCGAGAGCGCUAUUGGCAGACAAAAGGCUGGACUGCUUGGGAAGAAGGCUUUUGCCAAGAAAGUACUCGAGGGAGGAUAUGUCACCGAGGAGAUCAAGCAGGAGAUGAUGGCUUGGAAGGGUCAAGACAAGGACGCUGAGGAGGAGAGUGGUUCUGAAAGUGACGAGUAGGAGAGGGCGAACAAUGAGUGAAUCUUGAAGUGCUGGAGAUCGGUUUCCAAGGUCCUGAAAUGGGGUCAGACGAAGCAUAUGGAUGCUUCCAGAGAUGAGCUUGCAUACGCCGGCCAUGG